AUGCAGAGCGGGUCGCAGCGCGUCGAGGCGGACCGGCUAGACUGCGUUCUCCAAACAAGCACGAACGCAUCAGUCGACGUCGUGCAGGACGAGCUAGUUCGCACGCUUCGAAAGCAGCCAGUGUUUCACUGCGAAGAGUGCGACCGGUUUUUCAGGAAGAAGAAAGGCCUGCGCUCACACGUUGCGGCCGUGCACAACAACAAAAAGCGUUUUGGCUGCACUGACUGUCGAAAACAUUAUGUAUCGGAGCAAAGUCUGCAAGAGCACUAUCAAAGAAUGCACGGGUGUGCUGAAUCGGAUGUGCGCUUGGCGCGUGAGGAGCAGGAUGCUCGACAUUCCUCUAGGCGACGAGUUGACGGGAGCUACUGGUGUGAGGAACCCGGAUGUGCUAGGGUGCGCUUUUCAAAGUUCGGUCUUAGAAGGCACACUGAGUUAUUUCACAAGAAAAGGAGCUUCCGGUGUCUUGAUUGUGGUGUGGGCUUUGCCUAUUUACGUGAUUUCGAUAAACACAUGCUUGGUCAUAAGAAGGGAAAGAAUUUUGUUUGCUAUCUGUGCCAGCAAAGAUUUCUAAGUGAUAAGCAACUGGUUGCUCACCAGAAGUUGUGUAAACCGGUGAUCGAACGAUCCUUGGAAUCUAUUGUUUAUACCAAGUGUAGUGAGUCGCUUAAAACGGAUGGUCUGCUGGCUUUAGACAGGUUGACAGAUUGUGACUCACAACAUCAGUGGUUUAAUCCUACAGUAAGCUACGCUUGUGACCAAUGCGAUAAGGUGUUUGAAACAAAAAUAAAUAUGACUAUACACAAGAUGUUUGAACAUGACGUGUAUCAACACUGGGCAGCACAGCAACAAAUUUUGUCCGAAACAUGUGACAGUGCAAUCGAUGUGGCUUCAGACUUAGAUAGUAACUCUUCUUAUGAAAGCAAAGACGCAGAAGUAGCAAUUACUGUCAAUGCUGUUAGUAUCAAUGAGAGGCAUCAGUCUAUACAUGAUCAAGAGCAAGCUUCAUCAAACGAUCAGGUUACUGGUGUGACUGACGGUGCAAAAUUUUCUUGCAGUUUCUGUGGGACAGUGUUUCCUACUCGUACUGACAGUCAAAUACACGAGAUUCGAGUCAGAGUUAGUGGAGACUUGAAGAUGUGUUAUCGAUGUGGGAAAACAUUCGAGGCAUUAUGCCAACUGCCCGCACAUUAUGAAAAAGUCCAUAAGCAGGUAUGUGUGGGCAGUUACAGUUUUGACGAGUUGAUAUGCUUUUAUGAGUCAAAUGAGACCCUGCAAGAAGUGAACGGGCAUGAAGCUGAUAAUCAAUAUCAAAUUGACACGCUCAUUGAUGCAUCAAUGGACAUGGAUGAAGGCAUGUCAUCAUUUUGUGCUGGAGAUGAUGUUGAGCAUGAGCAACAAGAGAAGUCAGAUAACGAGGUAGUAGGAAAUACUUUGAGUAUUUCAUCUGCGUCUUGUGGAAAUUUGUUCAGUUUGAUUUUUGAGAGACAAAAGCACAAGAAUCGAGUUCAAUGUGUCGAAGAUGUGUCAAUGCAUCCCACAUUUGUAACAUCUACCAGUAAUAUAGAAACGACACAGGCUGGUGAUUAUGCUAUAUCUGUGGCACAAGUACAGUUGCCAUCUCCUCAACUAGGCAUGUCACCUUGCUCUGUGGCAUUAGUUCAACAACAGUCUCUCCACUCUACUUGUUCUCAAUCGUCUGGGAGGUCUGUUGGUGUGUCAUCGUCAGGAGUUGAGCCUUCAGUAGCUGCAAGCAAAACCUCAUUUGAAAUGGAGGCGCAGUCUCAUCAAGAAGGAUCGUGUGUAGAUCAGCACACACAAACAUCACAACAACAGUUUAAUGAGCAACAAGAGUCUCAUGUUUACACUAUGUCUGCAGAACAGUUACAGUGUGAUCAACAGCAGCUGUCUUCUUGCGAUGUCUCACCUACAGCACGAGAAGCCUUUGUCGAUCGGAUUGCAUCUUCGAUCUGGUCUCAGUUUCCCCAAGCGGAAGUGUCCUGUAGUGUUACUCAGCAACAGUCUUUCCACUCUACUUGUUCGAAGUCCUCUGGUAAGUCUGCGUGUGUGUCAUCUUCAGGAGUUCUUGAGCCUUCGACAGAUGCAAGCAAAUCCUCGUUUGAAAUGCAAGUGCAGUCUCUUCAAGAAGGACUUUGUGUAGAUCAGCACACACAAACAUUACAACAACAGUUCGAUGAGCAACGAGAGUCUCCUGUUGACACUAUGUCUGCAGAACAGUUACAACAUGAUCAACCACAGCUGUCUACUUGUGAUGUCUCACCUACACCUACAACAAACAUACAGAUUGUUCAACCAGAAAGCUUUGCCGGUCGGAUUUCAUCUUUGAUGUCGUCUCAGUUUACACAAGUGGAAGUGUCCAGUGGUGGUGUUCAGCAACAGUCUCUCCACUCUACUUGUUCUAAGUCGUCUGGUAAGUCUGUUUGUGUGUCAUCUUCAGGAGUCAUUGAGCCUUCAACAGCUGCAAGCAAAACUUUAUUUGAAAUGCAGGCGCAGUCUCUUCAAGAUGGAUUGUGUGUAGAUCAGCACACACAAACAUUACAGCAACAGUUUGAUGAGCCACAAGAGUCUCCUGUUGAUAUUGUGUCUGCAGAACAGUUACAACGGGAUCAACCACAGCUGCCUAUGUGUGAUGUCUCACCUACACCUACAACAAGCAUGCAGGUUGUUGAACCAGAAUCCUUUGCCAAUACGAUUUCAUCUUUGAUGCCGUCUCAGUUUACAUCAGUAGAAGUGUCCAGUGGUGUUGCUCAACAACAGUUUCUCCACUCUACUUGUUCUAAGUCGUCUGAUAAGUCUGUGGGUGUGUCAUCUUCAGGAGUUCUUGAGCCUUUGACAACUGCAAACAAAACCUCAUUUGAAAUGCAAGUGCAGUCUCUGCAUGAAGAAUCGUGUGUAGAUCAGCACACACAAACAUUACAACAACAGUUUGAUGAGCCACGAAAGUGUCCUGUUCACACUGUGUCUGCAGAACAGUUACAAUGUGAUCAACAGAAGCUGCCUUCUUGUGAUGUCUCUCCUACAGCAUCCAUUCAGCUUGUUAGCUUUGUCGAUCGAAUUGCAUCUUCAAUGCGGUCUCAGUUUGCACAAGUAGAAGUGUCCUCUGGAGUUGCUCAACAACAGUCUAUCCACUCUACUUGUUCUAAGACACAUGAAGGAUUGUGUCUAGAUCAGUACACACAAACAGUACAACAACGGUUUGAUGAGCCACAAGAGUCUCUUGUUCACACUGUGGCUACAGGACAGUUACAAUGUGAUCAACAACAGUUGUCUACUUGUCAUGCCUUACCUACACCUACAACUAGCAUUCAGCUUAUUCAACCAGAAACCUUUGCCAAUCAGAUUUCAUCUUCGAUGCCAUCUCAGUUUACACAAGUAGAAGUGUCCAGUGGUGUUGCUCAGACACCAUCUGUAUCACAACCACAAUCUAUUCAACCAAUCCUGGCAGAUGAUCACACGAAUGGUCAUGUCCCUGCUCUUCAGAUUCAGUCUGUUCAUUCUGUUGCAUCUACUGCUUUUGACCUGUCUACUCUUCAGGAACAUUCUAGUGCUGCUGUUCCGUCAACAAACUUUAAUUCGUAUACAUUACCAAUACGCUGUGCUGUUAGUCAAGCAAUGUCUCUACAAUCAUGGCCUGUUGGUACGAGACUACCUCGUAAUCACAACUUAGCUGUAGGACAGUUCCCUUCUUUUGGAGGACUUGUAUCUGGUGUCGUGCCCUCAGUUCAAUCUGGGUCUUCUACUAUGCCCAUUGUAUCGCAACCACUUGCUAGUUAUUUCUCAUCUAAUGUUCAGCCAUAUCAACCAACUCAAUAUUAUUGGCAUGCUCCAGCUUUCCAGUCAAGGUAUUCGCGUGGAUGCAGACGCCUUCACGUUGAACAGGCGAAUCACUCCAAUGGGUUUUAUCAGCAGCCAGAUUAUCGAGCUUAUGGGGGGUCAACACCGAUAGAUUAUCAUACAGCCAGGCCAUCAUAUGGUAGUGCGUCAGGUUUUGUGGAUCAACAGACUGCCCAACGAGGCGUUUAUCCUGCUUGUGUUCCAGCUGUCCAGUAUAUGCAACCCUUGGGAUACUCAAGUCCAGUGCUGCCUACAAAUUAUACUUCAUCUUUGGUACAUCAGCAACUUUAUCAGCAAUGGCAGUAUCCAUGGUUUGGCCAGUCUCAGGCGCAGUUUGGAUUUGCCGCAUCCAGGGAACAGCACUGUUUGCCACAGCAACCUCCCAGUUAUGAUUCAAUCGCGUACAAUAUUUGGUCUAUGUCGCCAAUGUCUAACAGUGUUGUGUCAUCGGUUUGUUCACCAAGUACCGUGACAUCUGGACAAGUGCAUGGCUUGAGAGUGCCACCGAGUUACCCCUCGAGUGUGAUUCAAGGAUACUGUUAUCAACCAGGGAUGCCAUACAGUAGUACCUUGUCUGUUCAGUCGAGAUCUUCAGGACUCUACUCUCAAACAAGGCUGCCUCAAAGUUACGCGUCUGUGUCACAGCCACACUCUUUUUAUCCGGUGGUGUCUCGAAAUCAGUGCAGUCUAUCGACUCCAUCGAUGUGUGUAUCUUCUGCAGAUUUUCGAAGUCCGAAUUCCGCUCUGGUUCAACCGUCGUUUCUGUUACAGUCAUGUGUUUCAAGUCCUGUAGUUUCAGAAAAACGAGUCAAUACUGAGUCAUCUGUCAGACAAUUGCUCAAUCGAAGUGAAUUGGUUCCCACUUCGAGGACCAACGACAAGCAAGUCGACAAGUCUACCUCCUUAGCGUCUUAUUUUUGUAUCAAGUGUGGUUGCAAAUUCAAAAGCAGUCAAGAAGUCAAGUAUCAUAUGAAAGAGGUGCAUCCUGGUUUGAAUCUUGUUUUAGUAAAGUCGAAAAAUGGACGGUUGGUCGGCAAGGAGAGAUACUCAUAUGAUUCAUUGAGCUUAUACGGGACACCCCAUGGAGAUCAACCCCAACUGUUAAAUCAGAGUCGAGAGAACUCGGUUUGUAUAGACGAGGCAACAGCUGAUGAGCACGAGUACGAACUCGAGGAACCUCAUGUUCUUAAUGGAAGAAAUCGUAAACGUGUUGGUCGUACGUCCAUUUUGUCUCCCAGUCGAUGUCCAAAAGUACGACACAUCGAUAGUAUUGCGUCGAUGUUAGCUAGUAGAGCUGGUCACUGAGCAGUCGCUCGCUUUGAGUUGGUAAGCCCGAUAUUUUCUUUGCAGAGAUAGAUCCUAUAAAAAGAGUUGAGUUUAUAAUGUCUUCAAGUGCAGACACAAAGAGAGAUUACUGAGUACCUAAAAUGUAUUUAGAGUGAAUUAAGAGAUGUGGAAUUGUUGUUGUUGUGAUGUGACAAUAUUUGAUUUUGUCUUGAGCAGAGUUGUCUCUGUCGGUUGUAUACUUGCUGUUUUAUAUAUGUAUAUGAAAACAAGGACACGUUGAUCAUUGUAUCAGAGUUUGUUUGGGGUGCCAUAUC